AUUCGCAAUGCCAGCUUCCCGUGAAGAUUCUGUUUAUUUAGCCAAAUUGGCCGAACAGGCCGAGAGAUAUGAGGAGAUGGUCGAGAACAUGAAGGCUGUCGCCUCCUCUGGCCAAGAAUUAUCCGUUGAGGAAAGAAAUUUGCUGUCUGUUGCCUACAAGAACGUGAUCGGUGCCAGAAGAGCCUCAUGGAGAAUUGUGUCUUCGAUUGAGCAAAAGGAAGAGGCCAAGGGCAACGAGACCCAGGUUUCUCUUAUAAGAGAAUAUAGAGCCAAGAUCGAAGAGGAACUUUCAAAUAUCUGUGAGGACAUUCUGACCGUGUUGACUCAACACUUAAUUCCAACUGCUCAAAGCGGUGAGUCUAAAGUGUUCUACUAUAAGAUGAAAGGUGACUACCACAGAUAUUUGGCAGAGUUUGCCGUCACAGAGAAGCGUAAAGAGGCUGCUGACCUUUCGUUGGAAGCUUACAAGGCUGCCUCUGAAGUUGCUGUGACCGAGUUGCCACCAACCCACCCGAUCAGAUUGGGUCUGGCGUUGAACUUUUCCGUUUUCUACUACGAGAUUCUCAACUCUCCAGACAGAGCUUGCCAUUUGGCCAAGCAAGCUUUCGAUGACGCCAUUGCCGAAUUGGAUACACUAUCAGAAGAGUCCUACAAAGACUCGACUUUAAUCAUGCAACUCCUAAGAGACAACUUGACAUUGUGGACCUCCGACAUGUCUGAGGCUGGCCAAGACGAGCCAGCUCCUGAGAAAGCUGCUGAAAAACCAGAUGAUGAGUAAGUUUGCUAACUGUUUUCUGUAUAAAAGUGCCUUCCAUCUCAGGUUACGUUGUCGUUGCUUUAUGAUUUAUAGUUAUUAGUUAGCUAGACCC